CCUUCCAGAAAUUUAGAGUUUUGGGAGUUUGGGACUUCUGGACCCUAACCUGAUAACUUUCGUAUCUGAUCCCGCGCCCUUGACCAUCUUCUCUAUAAAAAGAUAUUCAGUCUGCUACAAACAGAGGUGUUGCUAUAUGUUGUGAUGGUUGUUGGGUAGAGAGAAGAGGUGAUAUUGGAAUCUGAAAAUGAAGUCUGAGUUUUUGGCGGAAUUACCGUCGUCGUUGGCAGUGAAGGAUUUCGGCAGCCCUCGUGGCCAUGGAAUCGUCGCAGAAACCAAUCUUCCUGCCGGUCGGAAAGUACUAUCAAAACAUCCGACAGUGAUGGUACCAAAUUCAGAUGCAAGAAAUACCACCUGCGCCAGGUGUCUACAGACAGUAUCAGCCUCUGGCCCAGGCAUCGCGCCUGCCACCGUCGAGAGCGUGUUCCCAUGCGAAGACUGCGGCGUUACAUUCUACUGCUCAAAGUCCUGUGAGAUUAUCGACCGCAAACGAUUUCACCAAGAGGAAUGUCAAAUACUCCAAAAACUGACUCCCAGGAUCCCGCCUACGCUUGUGGUGCUAGUUAUGCGACUACUAAUACUAGAAGGCACGCAUGCCGACGAUUUGUUUGGGCUGAAAUCCCCACUGCUCAGUCAUCUUGACAAAAAAUUCGAGACGGAGGAGUAUGCAUCGAUCGCCCUGAUGGCCAAGGGCGCAAAGGAGUUUUCGGGCACGAAGUUGCCUCUUGAAGGUGUCAUUGAGAUUGUCGGAAAGACAAUCAUCAAUGCGGUUACGGUCGUCAACCCGCUCUUCGACUCAGUCGGCCUCAUGAUCGACGGCUUAAUCGCAAUGUUCAACCACUCCUGCAACCCCAACGCCUUCUUCAUCUUUGAGAAGGGCAAAAUCACCGUCCGUACGGGCCGCAAGAUCGCUCAAGGCGAAGAAAUCUGCGUGUCCUACAUCGACAACACUCUCGCGCUGCCGAACCGCCUGAAAACCCUCUCGCAGCGGUAUUUCUUUAUCUGCUCGUGCGAGUCCUGCUUACCGCCUACAGGGCUCGAUACACCCGACUAUCGAAACGAUUUUGUGUGUGCAAAGUGCGGGUCCGCUUUGCAUCCUUACCGCUCGCAGGACGUGCUUUCGCCUGGGUUUUACAACAACUACAAAUCCUGUCCCAACUGCGGCAUCGUGUUUGGAAACCAGCCGCGAACGAUCGAGGCCAUCGACAACCGCAUCUCUGCCCUGAAGCUGCACGACAGCUCACCGAUAAUGACCACCGCCGACGCAGACAAAUUACUUGCCAAACUGGCGCUUGUCCGCGACCUCAAAGUCGUUCCUCUCCACCGAUCACCGUUCACCACCUCGAUCCAGCGCCUCUUAACCUUCCACGUCUCACAGGAAUCUCUUGCUAUAGCGCUAAAACUAAUCGGCAUCGAAUAUUUCUACCAAGACCCCGUUCUCUGGCCCGCGCUGGAGAUGCAAGCCGUCCGCCUGGCACACAUGGCGCGGUUCUCAAUCGUGCUUCUCUUAGUCAUGCUCGACCCGACUUCCCCGCAGAGCCAAGAACUCGCCAGCGAUCUACCGACAAUCGAUCUCGGCGUCUGUCUGUGGGGUUUGCUCGACGUCAUGGAUCGCCUGAUCCCGCGCGUGUACGGCGAAAACAGCCAAUUUCAAGCAUACCUGAAGGAGCAGAAAAGCAGGUUUUUGUCCUUCAUUGGCGACGACUAUCAGGGACGGUUCACUAGCCAGACGCUCGAGCAGCUGAGAUGGAACGCGGAAAUGGACAAGAUUCGAAAGUUCUCAAUCACAUGGUGGGAGAACUUAUAGCCAAACAAAAAAUAAAGCAGCAUAGAUAGUGAUAGUAGAUAGAUUAUAGUUAGUUAUAGAAUGCAUGAAGAUCGAAAGAUCAAUCACAUAUCUCGUCAUUUAUCCAAUGGCAUCGUCGUUAAUUAGUU